AUGCGCCGCGCUGCUGCAAGCUCAGUUUGCCAGAGCUGCACCCGCACAAUCGGCAGCCGUCCGCUCAUACAAUCCUCCAUACAGCAGUCAUGUCUCAGUCAGCGCUUCUUAUCGCAGCGAGCCAAGCCGAGGCCCUCGCGCAUGGUUCUAGCUGAGCAAGUCCACCGAGCACCACGCCUGUCUCGAGAUGACCGCAAACCCAACCGCGAGAGGGUUGCAGGCCCCUUUACUGGCAUGAACCGGAGAGUAGCCAACAUCGAUCUCAGCCGUUCGCCACCACGAGCUCGUUCUGCGCAGCCUAGCGAUCGGAAAUCGGCUCCUGGCGAUGACAGACGACGAUCGCAGGAUGAUAGAAAGGCGCUCAAGAUGCAGCGUGCCUUGACGUCGGUGUCAUAUAACAAACGAAUGUCGGUCAAGGAGCGGCUGCAGAGAUACGAGUCAUUCGAUCAGUUUGAUCUUUCUUCCGCGCUAAAGACAGCUGUUGCCGACGAAGUAUUUGCCGGCAUGGUUGACAUUCGGCCGACGCCAGUGCAACGAUUGGCUAUUCCUGCUUUGCUGGGACAGAGAGAGCCGGGAGAGCAAAAGAGUCAAUUCAAAGAGCAGUCCUCGUUUCUUUUGGCGGCAGAGACUGGAUCGGGCAAAACCCUUGCGUAUCUGCUGCCGGCCAUCGAUGCGCUGAAGAUUGCGGAGGCGGAGGACACAGAGAUCCAAGCGUAUAAAGAGCGAGCAGAAAUAGAGAAGCAGCGCCAAAUGACUUCAGACUUCAAGGGAAAGGCGUUUGAAGAGCCUCACCCCACCAUGGCGAGGCCAAAGGUCGUUAUUUUGGUUCCUACAGCUGAGCUUGCUCACCAAGUCGGUCUCGUUGCCAAAAAGUUGUCGCACGCUGUCAAGUUCAAGACAGAAGUGCUGUCGUCCAACCUGAAGCCUCAGCAGAUUCAGCGGAACCUAUACGGGCCAAAGGGCCUCGAUGUUGUAAUCUCGACGCCGCACCUCCUGGCCUCGAUUGCAGAGUCUGAUCCCAACAUCCUCUCACGAGUAUCGCACUUGAUCAUCGACGAAGCGGAUUCACUUUUUGAUAGAAGCUUCUCCUCCGUCACAUCUAGCAUCGUCGAGCGCUCAUCCCCUUCUAUGAAGCAGCUUGUAUGCUGUUCAGCAACAAUUCCCAGGAAGCUGAACAACUAUUUAGCGACCAAUUAUCCCAAGAUGAUUCGAUUGACCACACCCAACCUGCACGCCAUCCCUCGACGUGUUCAGCUUGGUGUCAUCGACGUUUCCAAAGAGCCGUACCGCAAUAACAAGGAUCUUGCGUGCGCUGAUGUCAUCUAUACAAUUGGAAGAGAGGCUUCGCAGCAUGAGAACCUGCAAAAAGAUGAGAUUGACGUUCGCCGAGUCAUGGUCUUUGUUAACGAGCGAGAGAAAACCGACGAAGUCGCCAAAUAUCUGCGUUCAAAGGGCAUUGACGCCGAAGCACUGCACAGAGACACUCCUGAGAAGCGACACGGAGAAAUACUAGAGACCUUUACAACAUCUGAACCGCUACGAACCGUUGUUUCUCCCUCUCCAUCACGCCAUCGAGCGUUGACAAACGUCAAGGCUUUGGUUGUGACUGAUCUGGCCUCUAGAGGUAUUGACACGCUUGCAGUUCGACACGUCAUCUUAUAUGAUGUGCCUCAUACCACGAUUGAUUUUAUCCACCGCUUAGGCCGAGCUGGUAGGAUGGGAAGACGUGGAAGAGGCAUUGUCCUCGUAGGAAACGAUGACAGGAGGGAUGUCGUUGCGGAAGUGAAGAACAGCAUGUUCAUGGGCCAGGCGCUCAUCUAA